AAAAUGCAAAUACGUAUGAAUUUUGCGUUGGGGAUUCCUCAAUUUCCCCAAAACAGAAUACGCAAUCCCACUGUCAAUUCGGUUCAGUUUCAGCCAUCCCCCAUGGAUCAACCGAAGAAAGUGGUUGUUUGCGGCGGUGGAGUCAUAGGUGUAUGCACAGCUUAUUUUCUAGCCAAGAAAGGCGCCGCCGUCACACUCAUCGAGAAAUCCAACGUGGCAUGCGCUGCUUCCGGAAAAGCCGGCGGCUUCCUCGCUCUAGAUUGGUGCGAUGGAGAUCCAAUGGAACACCUUGCUCGCGCAAGCUUCAAUCUCCACCGUUCCCUCUCUCAAGAACUUGAUGGUCCACAAUCCUACGGUUACAGAUCCCUCACCACUCUCAGUCUCACAGUUACUGAAAAUCAAUCAAGGAGACCUUCUACUACUACUACUACUACUAGUUCCUCCUCUGCUUUGCCAUCUUGGGUUGAUGGGCCGGUCCAUAGUCCAAAAACGAUUGGGACCCACGAAACGACAGCGCAGGUGCACCCCCAGCUGUUCACUCGCACGCUUAUUGAGAGAGCGGUGGAGAAGCACGGUGUGAAAAUAGUGAUUGGGAAAUUGGAGCGAGUGGAGGUGGAAGGUGGAAGAGUUGGAUCGGUGGUUCUAGAAGGAGGGGAAGUUGUCGAUGCGGAUGCUGUGGUUCUAGCAUUGGGCCCUUGGUCCAGUAAGCUGGAGUUGUUGAAUUCGCAGUUUAGAGUUUCUGGGCUUAAGGCCCAUAGUAUUGUUUUUGAGCCCAGAGAACCCAAUGCCAUAACACCCCACGCUCUUUUUCUUAGCUAUCAUCCUUCUAAUCGAAGAGCACCUCUUGACCCGGAAGUCUACCCUCGCCCCACAGGGGAGGUGUAUGUGUGUGGGAUGUCAGCAGAGGAAGAGGUACCAGAUGAUCCAGAGGAGAUAAGGGGUAACGAAGAAUCGAUUGCGAUGCUGAAGACGGUGGCUAAGACUGUGUCAAGCCAUCUCGGGGAAGAAGGAGUGAAGGUGGAGCAAGCGUGCUUUUUGCCGUGUACUGAUGAUGGCGCGCCGAUCAUAGGAGAGGUUCCUGGAAUAAAGGGUUGUUAUGUAGCAACCGGCCAUAGUUGCUGGGGUAUUCUCAAUGGUCCUGCCACUGGUGCUGCCAUUGCUGAGCUUGUCCUUGAUGGCCAUGCCACCAUUGUUGAUCUUAAACGGUUUAGUCCUGCUAGAUUUCUUAGGCGUACCAGGGCUUAGUCACUGUUAUUACAUGGAGUGAGUUAUGGCAGGACUCUUUUAAGUGUUUCAUAUUAAUGUUUUGCAUUAAAAAAGUGUUGCAUUUUAACUUUUGAUGCUGUAUUUAGGAUUAGCAAAAAUAAAGUAUAGUAGCUACGUACAUUACAAAUGAUAUUUUUAUCAUUAGAUGAGUAGCCCAAGUUGCAAUAGCUAUUGUAUAAAGUGUAAAUAAGAGUUUUAUAUUGGAUCAAAAAGUAGAUAUUAAGUAUUAUAAA